AUGUCGCUCCGCCCGAGUCCAAGUCCUUCGCCAGCGCCUUCAGGAACCCCUACGAACCUAAAGCCAAUUAACACUAGAGCAUCUUUGCAGCCAUCAGGCAUUUCCCGUGGUGUGUCUGGACAACAGCAGAACCCAAUCUCGCCUAGACCGCCAGGAAUUAACACUGGGCAUGGACGACCAACUAGUGAACUUCUGUCAUCUAACAACGCGUUUCAAACCCCGAAUGUGACGGAAGCCAUCGAUCAAUGGUUUGAAAAUUUGCAAAAUUACGAGACUACCUUAGAAGAAAUGGCGGCCGCCUCUUUGGAUGCAAACUUUAAGGAGGAACUCAGUGCAAUUGAACAAUGGUUUCGGGUUCUCUCUGAAGCGGAGAGGACCGCUGCUCUGUACAGUCUUCUGCAGCACUCCACGCAAAUGCAAAUUCGAUUUUUUGUCACGGUGCUACAGCAGAUGGCUCGCUCGGAUCCUAUGACAGCGUUGUUGAGUCCUGCAAUCGGGGCGUCGAUGCAGUCUCAAAUGGAGGCAAAAUUAGCAAGCAUGGGACUUAAGUCUCCUGGACUGCCUGCUUCCCCUUCCACUAGGACGUUUGGCUCCUCCCUUAACCGCCAAUCUAUUGCUGGAGAUUCUUCGAAUUUCCUCUCGCCUGAUUCUGCCAACGUCAAUCCGGGACCCGGUGGAUCUGGAGAAGCCGCUGCGACUUUGGCACAUCAACGGGCGAAACUGAAGGCUAAUGCUGCUCAUCGUAUAUCCGCCCCUGGUACACUCAUUAGCGAACGCGGUGGGACUGUGUGGACUUCCAGCCAGCUGGGACAGGUGGCAGAGAGAUCUCCCUCCCCCAACAAUGAAGCAACACUUUCCCUUUCCCCUCCCGUCCCAUCUUCGGCGAGGCCAAAGAGCACUGAUUUCACUGGUGUUGCCAACUCGUUCCGCCCACAGCGCAUGAACGCUGUUCAAGCUGAAUCGAAUUAUGAGGACCAACUCUCCCCCAUGGUUGGGGGCAACUGGGCGAGUAUGGUUAACACCCCUCUCAACCCGAUGUUUGGGGAUAACCAAUCAACAGCCCCGAAUGGCAACAAUCUCGACGCUGCAGCCGUCAAGCUUGCUAAUUGGAAUAUGUCGAAUAACGCAAACGGACGGGUAGUUCUCGACGACGCUCGGAAGUUCCGUCGGCCGUCUGCCGUUAAGCCCGAAAAUCCUGAUGCAAAAAAUGCUUUAUAUGGUGACGAUGGCGAGCCCAUCAAUUCAACCCCCAUGAAUAGCCGAGGCGUCCUACCCAAGAACGUGUCCUUGACAAAUUCUGCCGUCGCUGGUGGUCUAUUGCCUGGCGGCCAGAAUUGGGCUGCUAACCCUCAAAGGAGUCCCGCUUUAUCUGCUGUCUCCGGGCGAUUCAACAGCAAUGAGCAGGAGGCAAUGGCAAACUUAAGUUUUGCCGCCUUGGGAGCUGGAGGACCGUUGAGUGCGAACGGGAUGGGUAUGGGUAUGAAUGGCUUGCCAUUUAACAUGUUCAAUGGCAUGAAUGGGAUGCCCAACCUUAGCCCCAUGAAUGGACUCGUGGGUGGCAUGGAGGGUUUGACGCUUAAUCCGCUCCAACAGGCUCAAAUUCUCGCUGCGCAGCUUGCAGCCAGUGGGUUUCACCCCAAUGCAUUCGGCGUAGGUGGCCUUCAACAACAGAGCGGUCGUCGUCAGGGUGGACGGUCACCUGGUAGGUCCUCUGCCAACGGACGUACCGACGGUGCAGGGAAAGAAGGCAAAGAUGACGAAAUUAAUCCCGAAUUGCUCACCGACGUGCCUGCCUGGCUCCGAUCCCUUCGUUUGCAUAAAUACACGCCGAAUUUUGAAGGCAUGACGUGGAAAGAAAUGGUGAUGUUGGACGAGUCUGAAUUGGAGGCGAAAGGUGUCGCCGCUCUCGGGGCAAGGCGCAAGUUGCUGAAGACGUUCGAUGCCGUCAAGGUCAAGAUGGGGAUGCAGGAAGCGCCUGCCACUCCUUCGUCGUCGUGAACAGCUACGCUAGCCUUUGCUGUUAGUUCCAAUCUGCGCCUGAUGCCGGGGCGCGCCUAUCUAGUUUAAUGUACUGUCGCGUUUCUUCAUCUGUGUCCAUUCCGUGCGCUCGUCCAAACAUUGCGACGCCUCUGGCUGAGAGUUUGUGAAGGACGCGUUUCGUGGAGUUAAUUGAUGGUUUUCUCCUGUAAACAGCUUACGACUGGAGUGUUCGAAUGGGGAUACUUUAAUAUUAAUGUCGAUAUUGCUCCAUUUGCUUGAGCGCUUUUUCUUUCCAUCGACGGCCCCGAAAUAAAUGGGUGGGCCUAGAGCUCUUGCGAUGGGAUGCAACACCUCUG